AUGGUGAAGCCUCUCGAAUUGCACCAGCGAGUCUCAGUAGAUGGCGACCUUGCCACGGUCCAGUACGUGGGAACACUUCCGGCGUGGGGCACUGGCGUGGUGGCGUACGGACUUGAGUGGGACCGUCCCGAACGAGGCAAGAACGAUGGGCGGCUAGAUGGUCAUCAGUACUUCCUGGUGGAAGUGGCAGGCUCAGGCUCGUUCAUCAAGGCAGCCAGCACCAAAAUCGAUCCAGCACGACAUACCUUCGUGGAGGCGCUCUUGCACACCUACGACGCCCACCACGAGUUCCAGCACAACAUCCACUUCGGGUCCAAGACCGUGGAGGGCUACGGGUUCGACCGGUUGAACGAGCUCCAGUCGGACCUCGCCAACGUCCGCACGGUGUCGUUACAGCGCAAGAACAUCGCUGCGUCAUUCGGGUCUCGACCUGCCGAUUCCACAACCCUCGCCAGCUUAACCAAAGUCGACCACUUGGACUUGAGCUACAACCUCUUCCCCAGCCUCGAUCCAGUGUGGGCAAUCGUGGACCGAUUGCCCCUGCUCCAAACCUUGGUGUUGAACGGGAACCGGUUUCCCAUCCCAGACCGCAUGUCAAACUCCUACCCCAAUCUAGUCACCUUGAAACUAUCAUCCACAAUGAUCUCCAUAGAUCGCCUCAACGCCAUCCUCCCCAACUUCCCAAGCCUAGCAGAAUUGUUCUUGGCAGGAAAUAGAUACUCCGACGAAGAUAUAUCCAACCUCCACAUUCCCAGCACGGUGACAGUUCUUGAUCUUGCCUUAAACAACCUCACGACCGUCCCACAACCCCCAGCAUCCCUCGAAUCAUUGAUCCUAUCAGAUAAUAAAAUAGCCACCGCACCCUGCAUCGAAAACAAGGGCUUGAAAGCACUAGACUUGGGCCAUAACUUCAUCGAGGAUUGGGCAGUUAUCGACACCCUCAGCUUGUGUUUUCCAAAUCUUCGCCUGCUCCGUAUCAAUGGCAACUACCUUUUUGACGCCAUCUCCAUCGACGAGAUGACAAUUAAUCUCAUUGCCAGGUUUAAUUGUACCGACGCCAAGUCAACUACCGGAUUGAAUAAGUUAAACGGUGCAUAUUUGACCCGGGAAGAGAUUUCGAAUGCCGAGCUAUUCUUCAUUUCCAAAGUCCAACAACAUUUCUACAGCUACAACAAGGAUAAUAGGCGCUGGAAGCAAUUACUAGAUAAGUAUCAAAUUCAAGAGCAGGAAAGCGAGAACACGUCCCCUAAACCUCCUCUUGCAAACAAAAAACUCAGUUUGAUCAUCAAUCAUUCUGAAUCUAAGCUUCAAAGGGUAUUUUUAAUCGAUAACACGGUACUCAGACUAAAAGGAGUGAUUUCCAAAUCGACAGGCCGGUCAGUCUUGGACUUUCAAGUGUACUACUACGUCAAUGAGUUUGAAAAUACAACUAUCAAGCUCAAGAUGUUCCUCGAAGACAACCUGUCUCUUCUAGACAGCUACGGAUUUCAUCAAAACCAAAACAUUUAUGUAUGUUGA